AUGUUUAUCAUCAACUGGUUUUUUGAUGUGUUAGCAUCGUUAGGUCUCGUUAACAAAAAUGCGAAAAUUUUAUUUCUGGGAUUAGACAAUGCGGGAAAGACUACCUUGCUACACAUGUUAAAGAAUGAUCGUCUUGCGACCUUGCAACCGACAUUACAUCCUACCUCGGAGGAGCUAUCUAUAGGAAAUGUUCGUUUCACAACUUAUGAUCUUGGUGGACAUCGACAAGCUCGACGUCUCUGGAAAGAUUAUUUCCCAGAAGUAUCUGGUAUUGUUUUCAUGGUUGACGCUCAAGAUCGUGACCGAUUUGGAGAGAGCAAAACAGAAUUAGAUGCACUUCUCUCAAUUGAAGAACUUUCAAAGGUGCCUUUCUUAAUCUUGGGAAAUAAAAUUGAUGCCCCAGGUGCAGUAUCCGAAGAUGAACUGAGACAUGCACUUGGACUGUAUCAAACAACUGGCAAGGGCAGGGUUAUGUCAAGAGACAUUCGCCCAAUCGAAGUUUUUAUGUGUUCUGUCGUUAUGAGGCAAGGAUACGGUGAUG